AUGUCCUCCGAACAACUCCCCCUCUCAAACGACGCCUCUGCGGCUACAAUCAACCCUUUGGCCGCGCACCCCAUCCACCCUCAAGAUGCCCAGGGACGACAGCCCGCCGCCGCCUCCGCCGCCUCCCCCGAACUCGCCAGUGGGAAGGUGAAGCUCACGGGCGCUCUGCGUCACUUUGCUGAUUUCCCUAUCAAGGGAAUCGACUUUGUCGACAUCAUGCCCCUCUUCCUCGACCCCACCGUUCACCAGACUCUCGGCGAUGCCCUUGAGUUGCAGGUCAAGGAGGCUUUCCCGACUCUUCCCGACGUCAUUGUCGGUCUCGACGCCCGUGGUUUCCUUUUUGGCCCCGGCAUGGCCCUCCGUCUCGGCACCGGCUUCGCCCCGGUGCGCAAGCAGGGCAAGCUGCCCGGCCCGUGCGUUACCGCCGAGUACCAGAAGGAGUACGGCUCCGACUUCUUCCAGAUGCAGCAGGAUGCCAUCAAGCCUGGCCAGAAGGUUCUGGUCGUCGAUGACAUUAUUGCUACUGGUGGUUCCGCAAAGGCUGCGGCCGACCUCAUCCAGCAGCUCGGUGGCGAGAUUGUCGGCUAUCUCUUCAUCCUAGAAAUCCCCGGUCUGAACGGCCGUGAGAAGCUCGGCGACACCAAGACCGUCAUCCUCCUCGAAGACGCAUAA